UUUAUUUUUCCAGGAAUGUUCCAAAUGUUUCUCAGUACGUCUCCAUUUGAGCUUCUUUUCUCUUUUUCGUUUUGCGUUUCUAUUAGUUUUGUGGGAAAUGUGCAUGACCCCGCUGUCGCCCCUCCCCUUGCCACUUGGACGCACUUCCGCCGCCGUGACGUCACAGCUGACCCUCAAUCUGCGGCUCGGUGCGGCGAGCUGGGCAACACAAACAGGAGCACCGCGGCCGCCACUGGAAACCUGGAAGAUGGAGCCCGCGACGUUACCCUAAAGCCUCGCCUCCUCGUCACCUCCAGGACCGCGACCGUCGCGUUCCCGCCUCACUCCCCGACGGCGGCGCCCACCGCGAAGCUAGCGGAGCGUCUGGGCGCUCGCUCGAGCAGCCAUCUUUUAGCGAGACAAAUGUUCGGGACGACGCGGCGGCCGCGGGCCUGCUCGCUGGCUGGCCCCGGAGGCCGUCGGAGCUUGGCGGCCGGGCUGCUCGUGGUGCUCGCGGCGGCGGCGGCGGCGACGACGACGACGACGACGACGGCGGCGGCGGCGGCGGCGAAGGAGUGCGAGAAGCCGUGCGUGAACGGCGAGUGCAACGCGGCGACGGGCGGCUGCGUGUGCUCCCCCGGCUGGGUCGGGGACCAGUGCCAGCACUGCGGAGGAAGAUUCAGGUUGACGGCGCCCUCUGGCUUCCUGUCGGACGGACCUGGGAACUACAAGUACAAGACCAAGUGUACCUGGCUCAUUGAAGGACGUCCUAAUUCCGUCCUUCACUUACGCUUCGAACAUUUUGCCACGGAGUGCAGCUGGGACCACCUUUACGUCUAUGACGGGGACUCCAUCUAUGCCCCCUUGCUCGCCGCCUUCAGCGGUCUGAUCAUUCCCGAGAGUUACAGUAACGAGACGGUUCCCGAGGUGGCGUCGCAGUCGGGCUUCGCCUUGCUGCACUUCUUCAGCGACGCCGCCUACAACCUCACCGGAUUCAACAUCUCCUACAGGGUGAACACGUGUCCCAACAACUGCUCGGGUCGAGGCGAGUGCCGCCUGGCCGACGGCACGGGGGCGCCGCGAUGCCAGUGUCGAGACGGCUGGAAAGGCGACGCCUGCAACGUGCCCUACUGCCCAGAUGACUGCGGGUCCCCCGAGCGAGGGCGCUGCCGGGACAAGACGUGCGACUGUUCGCGCGGGUGGCAAGGUCCCGACUGCUCCGUGUCCGUUCCCGCCGACUCGGGCUUCUGGAGCCGGGAAGCCUUCUCUGAGCCGGGCCUGGCCAGGGCCUCGCACAAGGCGGUGGUGGACCAGGGCGUCAUGUGGGUCAUCGGAGGAUACGUCUUCAACGCCUCGGACUAUCACAUGGUCAAAGCGUUUAAUUUAAGCAGCAAGUCGUGGCUGACGCUGGACCCGUCCGUCAACACGGUCCCGCCACGAUACGGACACUCGGUGGCGCUCUAUGAGGGCAAAGUGUACAUUUACGGCGGUAAGAUUGACUCUACGGGGAAUGUGUCCAGCCAGCUGUGGGUGUUCCACGUUCAGAACCAGACGUGGGUUCUGCUGAGCCCGCGCACUAAGGAUCAAUACGCCGUGGUGGGACACUCGGCCCACGUGGUGCCCCCCCUGCAGGAGGGCGACGCCCCCGUCAUGCUGGUGCUCUUCGGACACUGUCCUCUCUACGGAUACAUGAGCUUGGUGCAAGAGUACAACAUACACCGUAACCAGUGGAGCGUGGUGCCCACGGACGGGGCUCUGAUCCAGGGCGGCUACGGGCACAGCAGCGUGUUUGACGCCGCCACCAGAGCCAUCUACACGCACGGAGGCUACAAGGCCUUCAGCCCCAGUAAGUGCGGCCUUGCCGGAGACCUUUACCGGCUGGACGUGGACAGCAGGAAGUGGACCAUCAUGAGGGACAGCGGAUUCUUCCGCUAUCUCCACACAGCCGUGAUUGUGAGCGGUACCAUGCUGGUGUUUGGUGGAAACACGCACAACGACACCUCCAUGAGUCACGGCGCAAAGUGCUUCUCUUCUGACUUUAUGGCCUACAGCCUGGCAUGCGACGAGUGGACGCCACUUCCACGACCAGAACUCUUUCACCACCCAAACCGCUUUGGCCACUCGGCGGUCGCCAGUGACGGGGUGAUGUACGUGUUGGGAGGCUUCAACAGUCUUCUUCUGAGUGACGUUUUGUCGUACACAAGUCCCCGCUGCGCCGCCUUCUCCACGGCUGCCUCCUGCUUUCAGGCUUCUCCGGGCCUCCACUGCGUGUGGAACGACACCCGGGCGUCGUGUCUGCCCUGGAAGGGAAACCCCAACACAGAGCAGCAGCAGAUGCCCGCGUCCUGCAACACCAGAUCCUAUGCCGACAACGAGCGCUGCGACCAGUACACGGACUGUUACAGCUGCACUGCCAACACCAACGGCUGCCAGUGGUGCUCCGUGCAGUGCGUCUCCCUGGGAAGCAACUGCACCUCCGUCUCGGGACCCGUGGCGGACUUUGACGGCUGCCCUAAAGACAACCCGUCCUACGUGUGCAAAAAGAAGACCAGCUGCAAGAGCUGCGCCGCCGACCAGAACUGCCAGUGGGAACCGCGCAACCAGGAGUGCAUCUCGCUGCCUGAGAACGUGUGUGGCGAGAGCUGGCACCUGGUGGGCAACUCGUGCUUGAAGUUCCUGACGGCCAAGGACUCUUACGACAACGCCAAGCUGGCGUGCCGUAGCCACAACUCCGUACUGGCCUCCCUCACCACGCAGAAGAAGGUUGACUUUGUCCUCAAGGAGCUGCAGAUCAUGAGCGUGGUGUACAAGGCGAUGGUGACUCCCUGGGUGGGCCUGCGUAAGAUCAACGUGUCGUACUGGUGCUGGGAGGACAUGUCGCCGUUCACCAACACGUCGCUGCAGUGGCUGCCUGGCGAGCCCAGCGACGCCGGAUUCUGCGGCUACCUGGCAGAGCCCGCCUCCAGUGGGCUGAAGGCGCAGACCUGCAUCAGCCCCGUCAACGGAAGCCUGUGCGAGCGGCCAGCUAACCACAGCGCCAAACAGUGCCGGACGCCGUGCGCCAUGCGCGCCACGUGCAGCGAGUGUACGAGCGGCAGCUCGGAUUGUAUGUGGUGCAGCAACAUGAAGCAGUGCGUGGAUUCCAACGCCUACGUUGCCUCCUUCCCCUUCGGCCAGUGCAUGGAGUGGUACACCUUGAGCACAUGUCCACCAGAGAACUGUUCCGGCUACCGUACGUGCGGCCAGUGUCUAGAGCAGCCGGGUUGCGGCUGGUGCACGGACGCCAGCAACACGGGCAAAGGCCAGUGCAUGGAGGGUUCGUACCGGGGACCUUUCCAGACAUCCGUGCCGGUGCCCUCCUCUCUGCCAGGCCUGCCCGCCAACCCGCCGCCUGCCCUCAAUGCCAGCAUGUGCCCCGGCGAGGCCUUCUACAAUUGGUCCUUCAUUCGAUGCCCAGCGUGUCAGUGUAACGGGCACAGCCGCUGCGUCAACGAGAGCGUGUGUGAGAAGUGCGAGGACCUGACCGGCGGACGCCACUGCGAGAGCUGCAUCUCGGGUUUCUACGGCGACCCCACCAACGGCGGCAACUGCCAGCCGUGCAAGUGUAACGGCCACGCCAGCAUGUGUAACCCCAACAAUGGCAAAUGUUUUUGUACUACCAAGGGCAUCAAAGGAGACCGCUGCCACCUGUGUGAGCUAGAGAACCGUUACCAAGGCAACCCACUGAAAGGCACAUGCUACUACACCCUGCUGAUUGACUACCAGUUCACCUUCAGCCUGUCUCAGGAAGACGACCGCUACUACACGGCCAUCAACUUUGUGGCCACGCCGGAGGAGCCAAAUCGAGAUUUGGACAUGUUCAUCAACGCGUCCAAGAACUUCAACCUGAACAUCACCUGGGCCGCCAGCUUCACAGCGGGUACGCAGAGCGGCGAGGAGAUUCCCAUCGUGUCGCGCAGCAACAUCAAGGAGUUCAAGGACAGCUUCUCCAACGAGAACUUCGACUUCCGCAACAGCCCCAACAUCACCUUCUUCGUCUACGUCAGCAACUUCACCUGGCCCAUCAAGAUACAGAUCGCCUUCUCGCAGCACAGCAACUUCAUGGACCUCGUUCAGUUCUUCGUCACGUUCUUCAGCUGCUUUCUGUCUCUGCUGCUGGUGGCCGCCGUGGUUUGGAAGAUCAAGCAGAGCUGCUGGGCGUCUCGGAGACGAGAGCAACUGCUGAGGGAGAUGCAGCAGAUGGCCAGCCGGCCUUUCGCCACCAUCAACGUCGCCAUGGAGACGGACGAGGAGCCGCCAGACCUGAUUGGAGGAAACAUCAAAUGCGUUCCCAAGCCCAUAGCUUUGGAGCCGUGUUUCGGAAACAAAGCGGCCGUUCUUUCCAUCUUUGUUCGUCUACCGAGAGGCAGCGGAGGAAUUCCGCCACCGGGACAGUCGGGUCUGGCGGUGGCGAGCGCUCUGGUGGACGUUUCCCAGCAGAUGUGUUUGGGCUUCAAGGAGAAGUCCGGAGGCCUGAGGAGCCGCAAGCAGCAGCCCAGCGCUCAGCCUUCCACCUGCAUCUGACCUCUGACCGGCCCACCCGCCAAACCCCGCCCGCCUCCUCCC